AUGGCCAUUCUCUACUUCAUCCACACUUUUAUUUUUUCUCAACUAGGUGAUGCACCUAUAUCUGUUGAUGAAUUUAAGAUGAUAGAAGAUGGUAGGUGUGAAAAAUACCCAUGGGGGAAAAUAGCAUUUUCCAAAUUGAUAAAAGAAAUGCGACAGGAGUUUUCAAAUGCUAAACAAAUGUAUCAUCUAGGCGGCAUGCCAUACGCUCUGAAUGCAUGGAUAUAUGAAUGUGCAUCUCAAGUACCCUCUGAAAUUGUUGUAAGAGUGGGUAAUAAAAUUCUCAAAAUUCUUAACUGGCGUGUUGUUGCCGUGAAGCCAAAAUUUGAGACCUUCAUGUCUACCAUCUUCAGUGAGUAUCAAUGCUCCAACAUUGUCCAAUCUCAACAUGAAAUGGAAUCUAUUAUCAUUCAUGGCAGUCAACAGAAACCUGAAGCUUCAACAUCAGCUGCCAAGGUCAAUUUUAGAAAACCUCAUGAAGUCUCCGGAUUUGAGGACUUUUCAACAACACCACCCACAAAAUUAUUAAAAAGAUUCAGUCAUGUCGCUGAUACAGCUUCUCCACAUCCUUCCAAAAGAAUGAAGACUUCCCCUACUAAAGAGCCAAUUCAAGUAGAAACAGCCAACAUACAUAAGGAUUUCAUACCACCAAAUGAAUCAGAAAAGCCUGUUUCUCCUGACAAUGUACCAGCGGCGAAGUCAGCGGUGGACAAUAUAUCAGAACAAAAUAUUUCAUCAGAUGUUCCAGAAUCAUUUGAUAAGCAUGUUUCUUCUGAUACAUUAAAGAAAGAUGAACCAUCCGUCAAGAUACAAAAGGUGGAUGAUGUAUCAGAACAUAACAUUGUAGCAGAUGAUGUAGAAUUAUUUGAUCAGCAUAUGUCAUCAGAUACAUUAAAAGAACCGAAAAUAUUAAUUUUUACACCACAAUUAAAAGAUGUAUCAGUACACCAAAUGGAACCACAAAGAGCAGAUACUGAUCAGCUUAUUGCUAAUUCUGAUACAUUACAGAACACUGCAAAGAAAGAUGGAAGAAUAGCCGUUGAUAAAACUGACAAAGUAGAAGAGCAAGUUGAGGAGAUUAAAAAAGAAAAAAUCAAACCAAGCACAUCGAAAUCCAAUACUUCAGCACCGUUUUUGACCAAAACUCUGGAUGUGAUAGAUGCUCUAAUAUACGGACUUCUAUUACCAGCCAUGCCAUUGACCGCUGUUAGUCAUGAGCAAGUAGUUCAGGAUGAAUGUCUAUUACGCGAUAGCCAGCUACCAACCACUUUUCCAUCAAAACCCAAUGUAUUGUCUGACGAUGCGAAGAUACCAUUUCAAAAAAGCAGGAUUCCUUCGAAGAUCUUACAAUCGCCGUAUCUUUCAAACUUUGGAUCGAGUGAAAAGGGUAAGGAAAAAUUGUCAUCUGUUAUGCAUCAGACACACCCUUUCAAAGGUUUUGGUAUAUGCUAUCAUCUUUCAUCCGAGCUUUUCACAGACUACUCUCAAUGGAUAGAUAAAGGACUACUAAAAUCGCAUGGCAAUAAGGAUUUUCAUUGGGUUCUUGCGGUAGUUGUGUUGAAAAAGAGGUUGAUACGUGUGUAUGAUUCAUUGCCUAGACGAAGAAGUAGCAACCCUUCCCUAGAGAUCCAAAAGAUAGCAGUAAUGCUACCAACAUACUUGCAAGACAGUGGUUUCUUUGACAACAACGAACGUACUGAUUGGUCGUCGCUUGAUUCAUACAAGGACAAAUCAACCGAUAACAUGCUUGAACCACAUCAUCCAUUUACAGUUGAAUACGUUGAAGGAAUUGCGCAACAGGGAAGUGACAGUUUGGAUUGUGGAGUUUUCUUGGCCAUUUUUGCUGAAUAUCGUAUGAUGGAAUUUCUAUUCCAAAUAAUGGACUAA